CAGGACGGAAGCAUUCAGAAAAUCUUGCUUACAGGCAAACGAAGAAAAUUAAAGCUUUGGUGCAAACUAGUCGGAAAUCCAUGGGAAGCUUAUCCGCGAUAUGGCAACGAAAACGAUGGAUGCGCUUGUAGCCGAAGAGAAAGCGGCUACAUCGGAAGAAAAGGUUGCGAACAACAAAGAAAAGAAGAAAAUUGCAACGUGUCGAGAAUACGGUGGCGAUUCGAGUCACCUUAUUUACAAGUCUGGUAUCCCUACGCUGCGUGCCUCUGCCCAUCGAGUAAAAGCACGAAAGAAAAACAGAAAGCACGACCCCAAGCCAUUAGAUAGAGACGGGAACGAGACAGGUACAACAUGGCUCCCCGAAGAAGUGCAAGAAGAAAAGAUAUUUUCAUACAAUGUGGAACAGUACGAUAUAGUAGGGGCAGUGAAGGGUUUGCUACGAGAUUGCGAUCCAGAAAUUGUUGGUUCCUUUGAAACCACUACACUCGAAGGCGAAAAAUCAUCUGAAUUUGAAAAAUCUGGGACAAGGCUGGAAGAUUUCAGAGUUGCUGUAUCUUCCGUUUGGCGAACUGUAAACGGUGGGACCUGUGAGGAGGCGCAAAAAUAUUUAUCGAAUAAAGUGGAAACAGAUGUUGCUUUCCUGAAAAUCUUCGAUGAUUUCGUUACAGAAGUAGUUCUUCCGUAUGUAAAGGGGCGUCUCGUAGCUUGCGGUGCGCUUGAGAGUGAUUCUGCUACGUGCGCAUUUUAUUAUCAGAGACCACCAACACUCCGCUUGCAACCAGGUCCAGGUACGUUUGAAGAUGCUUCACUUCUUGUUCAGAUCCUUUUGAAAGACACUUAGUCUUCGUCAAUCCUCUCCGUACUCAUACUGAUCAAUGUAAUGAUCGAAAUCGUAGGUUGGGCUAAGGUGCGACCCCACAAUGAUGUCGAAUACGGGCAUCAAAAUGGGGAGCUUAAUAUGUGGAUGCCUCUGACAGAUAGAAAUUUGACAGGAGUAGAUUUGUGGAGUGAAACCUUUUAUGAGGAAGGAGACUACCAUCCAAUUAAGGCAAAGAUAGGUG